UCUCUCUCCUCCAACUUACACUCCUGCCGCUCCCCUCGACGAUAAUAAAGAAAUUAAAAUGAGACACUCUUACUUCGAUGAUCUUGCGGUGCCCUUCGAGGUCGACCGGCUUAUCGAAAUUCGCACGUCCGCAAUGAAGCGAAUGCCUGGCCUGACCAUCAUGUCUGGCAUUGACAAGGAGCUUCGCACUGUCUCGAUGAAAGUCGACAGGCUGGGAUUGGAAGGGGAUGAACACGACCUUACAUUUCAUGGCGGUCUAGACAAGGCCAUCCUUGGAUACUGCUCAUCGCAUUAUCCAUCCUGGCAGGAAUCUUACCCCGACCGCGUCGACAAAUUCGUCCCAGGAGGCUUCGGAGAGAAUUUCGUCACAGCGCACAUGAACGAGCGAAAUGUUUGCAUCGGAGAUGUUAUAUCCGUCGGUCCUGAAGUCGUCCUCCAGGUGUCCCUACCAAGGCAGCCGUGCUUCAAACUCAACCAUCGCUUCUCAUUGAAGAAUUUCGCCCCUGAAACUUACAAGACGAGUCGUACCGGAUGGUACUACCGAGUCCUCCGCGAGGGCACUGUUAGCGCUGGUGAUGAACUGAAGCUGGUUGAGAGAAAGUGGCCAGAGUGGACGGUUGAGCGCGUGCAGGAGUAUUUACACCGCGUGACUGACAAUGAUGAAAUGAAUGAGAAGCUGGCCGAAGUGGAGGCUCUAGGCAACGAGGCCCGUGGCCAAUUCAAGAAACGCGUGGCCAAGGCACAGAGACGAAAGCAACAGAAGAAAGAAGAACCUUGGGAAACUUACAAGGUGGUCAGCUGGAAGAUGGAGACACCUCGGACAAUUUCGCUGGUCAUUGAGGCUGCUGCCAAGCCCCAAUUUGACGGCUUCCCAUCGGCGGCUCACGCCAAACUUAGACUUGCCAACGGCCUUGUGAGGACAUAUUCAGUUGUGUCAAGUAGCGGCAAGGGAACCGAAUCGGUCAGAAGGCUUGAGUUUGGUAUUGCUCUUGACGAGAACAGCCGAGGCGGCUCCCGGUAUCUCCACGAAUCUCUCAAUGUUGGAGAUAGUAUUGAAGUGGGCAGUGUGGUGAGUGAUGUCAACGGACCAGUUAACGCGGCAAGCCACCACGUCUUGAUAGCUGGAGGGAUUGGCAUCACGGCCUUUUUGGAACUCAUGAAACUGUAUGACUCUAUUAACUGGAGCUUUCAACUCCACUAUGCUGUACGGUCCUCGGACGAUAUCCCUUUCCGAGAGCAGCUGGAGUCGUAUGGAGAUAGGGUUAUCAUAUAUGACAAGUCGAAAGACCAACGGAUGGAUAUCAACAACGUCAUGAAGACCAUGCCUUGGAACAGCUUCCUGUACGUCUGCGGACCCAAUCGUAUGAUGGAAGCGGCCAAAGCUGCUGCCGAAGAUGCUGCCAUUUCCCCUCAGGAGAUACACUUUGAGGCCUUUUCCGCCGACACUACUGGAGAUCCUUUCGAAGUACAAGUCGUCAACAGGAACGACAAGGUUGUCAAAGUGGGCGAAGAGGAGAGCCUCUUGGAGGUCCUUCAGCGCGAAUUUGGGGAUAUCCCUUCGAGCUGCGAGGUGGGCAAUUGCGGCACCUGCAAAGUUACUGUCAAGAGCGGAGAGGUGCUUCAUCGAGGUUCGGCACUUAUGCCGGGCGAGAAAGAAUCUUCCAUGUUGACUUGUGUGAGCCGUGGUGUUGGAAGGAUUGCAAUUGAAGUAUAGAUCGAUGUCGGGAAGAUUUUUCUAAUAGAUGGCGGUACUGCAUGUACAUGAAGUAAGAAUUUGAUAGCUGAAUUAAAUUUCUCCUUCAUCUCAAG